AUGAACCACAUCUGAAAGGCUAAAGAGGGAAGUGUAAUUCAUAAAACCACCAAGAAGAGGCCCAGAGGAGGUUGUAAAAGCAGAAGUGGAGAAUUCAGACAUGCCCAGAGGCCUCGGCUGCCUGGCGAGCCCUGAGGGGGCAGAAGGCCGGUAUGAAACCCCCCCAGCUUCAGAGCUUCAGAGACUGAUGUGGACAAAAAAAGGGACCAGUAACCAUCUGGAUGAGGUUCAUCCCGGGAUCUACAUCGGAGACAUGUACGCAGCCAAAGACAAAAGGACUCUCCAGGCUCAUCGCAUCACCCACGUGCUUAAUGCAGCUGAUGGGAAGUUCAAUGUGAACACAGGGCCCAGCUUCUACCGAGACACCGCCAUCACUUAUCAUGGAGUCGAAGCUUUUGACAUGCCAUCCUUUGACUUGAGUCCCUUCUUUUACCCAGCGGCCAAUUUCAUCAAGAGCGCUUUGAGCUCUCCCACAGGUAAAGUCUUCGUCCACUGUGCAAUGGGCCUCAGCCGCUCAUCCACCUUGGUUCUGGCUUACCUGAUGAUCCAUGAGAACAUGACUCUGGUGGACGCCAUCAAAGCUGUGGGCGCCAACAGGAACAUUUCUCCCAAUAACGGGUUCUUGGAGCAGCUCCGAGCACUGGACACAAAGCUCCACUGCCAGGGAUUAUCCAGGAGCUUCAACGGGCGGACAGCUGCAGCUCGGGAUAAAACCCUGUUAGCGAAACUGGAAAUAACACACGUGGUGAAUGCUGCAGAUGGCCCCCAGCACAUUGACACCGGGCCAGGUUUCUACGCAGACGCCAGCAUACUGUAUCACGGAGUAGAAGCACCAGACUGGAAGGUGCUCGUCCACUGCGCUCGGGGAAUCAGCCGCUCGGCAGCUCUUACGCUGGCCUUCCUCAUGAUCAAAGAAAGGCUCACACUGGUGGAGGCUGUGGAGGUUGUGUGCCGGCACAGAAACAUCCUCCCAAAUGUUGGAUUUCUGAACCAGCUCCGUGAGCUGGACUCAUCCCUAUUCACAACUAAAACCUUACCAUGUUCUGCCUUCAAGGGCUGCUUCACAACCAGCUGCCAGAAUGAUGAAAACCAAAUUCCCGGGAAGAAAAACGAAGGACUUCAAUCUCCGGCAAAUAAAUCAUGUGUGAGAGGAAGCCACGGUGAGAAAAUGGCUUCUCGCGAGUCGAAGACUGGCACAAAGAUAAAUGUUACUCGGGCAGCUGAGGAAUCCAGUCCAGUGGAUGAUUAUUCCACACCUGGGGGCUAUGAGUUGGAGAAAAUCCUCAACCGAGGGAGUGUGGCUUACACUCAUGUCAACGAGGUUUGGCCUAAUGUCUUUAUUGGCGAUGAGGACACUGCAAAGGACAAGUACACACUGAAGAAGCUGGGAAUUACGCACAUCCUGAAUGCAGCAGAGGGGACGUGGAACAACGUGGACACUGGAGCUGGCUACUACAGUGACAUGGACAUUGUAUACUACGGUGUAGUAGCAGAAGACGUCGCAACCUUUGACCUCAGUCAGUAUUUCUUCUCCGCUGCCCAGUUUAUUGAGAAGACACUGAGCAAUCCUCAGAAUAAACUGCUGGUGCACUGCGUGAUGGGAAGGAGUCGGUCCGCCACACUUUUCCUCGCCUAUCUCAUGAUCUGUGAGAACAUGACUGUGGUCGACGCCAUAGAGCACGUAAAAAAACGCAGGCGUAUCAUCCCUAACUGGGGCUUUUUGAAGCAGCUGCGAGAGCUGGAUCAGCACCUCUUGGAGAAAAGGGGGGAAUCUGCAGGGGAAAGCUGAUUGUGUGGCUGAUCAGUCUGAGACUAAAGUCAGCGGAGACUAAGUCAAAUCCCAGCCAUUAAGACUUCGUCAUGCUAGGAGUUACAGCCAUGUGAAAAAAAUAAAGUCCUAUUAAAACUAA